AUGCCAACCACUAUAUCCACAACCAAACUUGGGCAAAUCCGGGGGAAAUCCGGAGAUGGUGUCACUCAGUACCUGGGAAUCAAAUACGCGACUUUGGAAAAUCGCUUUGCGGAUGCACAACUGGUUGGAGAGAGACAUGGAGAUGUACUCGAUGCGACUAAAGAUGGACCGACGGCAUUGUCGCUCCCCAUCGGAUGUGAUAUCGAAUUAGGCCAUGUGCAGCAUCCAUUACCAAAGAAGGAACUUGCCCAAUCCGAUAUCGAUUGUCUCAAUCUCAAUAUUGCAGUCCCAUCGGAUGCUACUCCAUCGUCGAAACUCCCCGUUUUGUUUUUCAUCCAUGGCGGUGGCCUGUUCAUUGGUGCUAACUCCUGGCCUCAAUAUGAUAUUACUCGGCUGUCGAAGUUGUCCAUUGAGAAAGGUCUACCGAUGGUGAUUGUAGCUAUCAACUAUCGACUGGGUGUGCCCGGCUUCCUCACAUCUAAGGAGCUGCGCGAUGCCGGCUACAGUUCUAAUAAUGGUCUACGCGAUCAACGAGUUGCUUUGGAAUGGGUACAUAAGCACAUCCGUGACUUUGGUGGCGACCCAGAGAAUAUUACGACGGGGGGAAUGAGUGCCGGAGCAGCAUCCGUGACAUACCAUCUACACUCGCAAACUCCACUGUUCAAGCGUGCAAUCAUUAUGAGUGGGUCAUCGCUACUCAUACAGGCACUUCCAUAUGAAAUGCACGAAGAUAAUUAUAGCAAGGCGAUGGCAGCGUUGGGCCUAGAGGAUGCCUCGGCCGAAGACCGGGUCAAGGCACUCUUGGAGAUGCCCGGCCAUGAGAUUGUCACCAAGCUCCCUCCAUCCGUACGAUAUGUUCCGGCACUUGACAGCGAUAUCGUUGUCCCCGGCGCGACGCACUCGGAGGUUGGAGAUCCAGAGUCCAAAGUAAUUCCUGGAAAGGCUUGGUGCCAGGAAUUGUUGAUCGGGGAUGCUGAAGUUGACGCAAGCAUAUUUCACUAUCUCUCGCCGCAGAUGCAGAAUAACUGUGCAAAGCGAUUCAUUGCUGCUCUGAACCAAAGUACUGCAUCGCACCCGGACAUCGCUCACCGUAUUCUGGACACAUACCAGAUCUCCGAAGAUACUCCUGACGAAGAAGCCAUAUCUUCUAUCCUCAUGUUCUUCACGGACAUUUCAUUCCACUCAUCAACUUUGAGCUUUGCUCGAGGCUGGAACGGAAACGCCUACGUUUACUACUUCAACGAGGGUAACCCCUGGGAUGGACCAUGGAAAGGUCAUGCAAACCACAUCCUCGAUGUGAUCUACUUCUUCCAGAAUCUCCGUGAUUCUCUGACCCCAGAACAAAAGCAAGUCGGCGAAGCCUUUGCGGAAGACUUUUUCAAAUUCUGCCAUGGAAUUGCCCCGUGGCCGGCUGUCACUCCUGGAACUAUUGACUCUGGGUUUUCGGCACGACUUUAUGGACCUAGUCAGAAGGGUACGAUUGCAAGCGUUGCGUCACAGGCGUUCGGUGGUGAGACUAUGCGCAGAAGUAUCCUGUUUGAGUGCUCCUCUGUGGUAUCUCUUGACGAUUUGGCCAAGGUUUUCGUGAAUUUCCAAUCCAGUUAA